AUGGCCUCACAAACAUCCAUUGCCAACCACUAUGCACCUUCUAGACUAUUUGAAUGUCAAGCCCCUACAAAGAAUUUCCUCCUUGUCCAGGCUCCCCACUCUGUGUGCAGUGACAGCUGUGGCUGUGGAUUUCGGAAAUCUGCCCGUGAAGGAGAGUCCAUCUGUUGCUUUGACUAUGUCCCCUGCCCAGAGGGCAAGAUUUCCAACCAGACUGAUAUGAACCAGUGCAUCAUGUGUCCUGAAGAUGAAUAUUCAAGCAAGGGGAGAAAUUACUGCCUCCGCAAGGUGGAGACAUUUCUGGCCUUUGAGGAACCCCUAGGCAUGACUCUGGUCUGCACAGCUCUGACCUUCUAUCUCCUGACAGUUAUGAUUGCUGGGGUCUUUGUGAAGCAUCAGGACACCCCCAUAGUGAAAGCUAAUAAUAGAACUCUCAGCUACAUCUUGCUCUUCUCCUUAAACCAAUGCUUCCUGUCUUCAUUGCUCUUCAUUGGUAAGCCCACCUCAACCACAUGCCUGCUUCGACAGACAACAUUUGGAAUCACAUUCACAAUGGCCAUCUCCUCUAUUUUGGCUAAAACAAUCACAGUAGUGCUAGCCUUCAAAGCCAUAAGACCAGGAAGCAGGAGCAGAAAAUGGAUGCUGCCGAUCCAAGUGAUUCUCUGUGGUGUCUGGCUAUUGGUUUCUCCCCCAUUCCCAGAUGCUGUCCCAUAUUCAGAACCUGAGCACAUCAUCCUGGAGUGCAGUGAAGGCUCCCUCAUUGCCUUUUACUUUGUCCUUGGUUACAUGGGAUUUCUGGCUUUGGGGAGCUUCACUGUGGCUUUUUUGGCCAGAAAUCUCCCUGACACAUUUAAUGAAACCAAGUUUAUCACCUUCAGCAUGUUGGUAUUCUGCAGUGUCUGGGUCUCCUUCCUCCCCACAUACCAGAGCACUGAGGGGAAAACUAUGGUAGCUGUGGAAUUCUUUUCCAUUUUGAGCUCCACUGCUGGCUUACUGAGCUGCAUCUUUAUUCCCAAGUGCUACGUGAUCCUUCUGAGGCCACAAUGGAACACCCUGGAAAGGGUCAAACGUAAAUGCUAUGCCAAGGGAAGGCAUCAUUCCGAAGCAUUUCCUCAUGCCUCCUAG